AUGACUGAGGUGGAACCUGUCCUGGACUUCGCAUCCUCUGGGAGAACCGGCCGGCGCAAUGCCCUGCCUGACAUCCUGGGCUCACCGGCCGGUGUCAGCCCCUCUGACCUGCCCCUCAAGCUGGCCGAGAUGUCCCUGAAUACAGGCAGCACCCAGGAGAUGCAGUCACCCUCAGCAGAGGUGCCCCCUCCACAGCCCCCCAGCCCUGAGCUGAAGGACACAUCCUAA